UGCUGACCUCAGGGSUYCCRCUGCUGCCCAGAGGGUGAGGGACUGAACCUGCUGUGAGCUGCACCUGCUGAGAGGCCCCAGGUGAGCAAUGCCUGAGAAUCAUGCUGGGGACAUGCCACCCCUGUGCUUUGCCCCAGAGGGGACAGCCAUGGCCAGCUGGGCCCUGGGAACCAUCCUCGCCAUGCUGGCCUCUCUCAUCAUUGCUGCCAACGGGCUGGUGGCCAUUGUACUGCUCUGCCACAUCCAGAAGAGCGGCUCCAAGGGGCUCUAUUUUGUCCUCAAUCUCACCUUUGCAGAUGCCAUGGUUGGCUUUACAGUCAUGGGCCUGGCCGUGGAUGAGCUUUCCCAGCCCAUUUGUCCUUCCCAGAACUUUUGCAUCUUGAGAAUGGCUUUUGUGACCUCCUCCUCUGCUGCCUCCAUCCUGUCCUUGAUCCUGGUUGCGUGUGACAGGCACCUGGCGAUCCGGAAGCCUUUCCACUAUUUCCAGCUGGUGACAGGCCCGCGGGUCGGGCUGAGUUUGGUGGGGCUCUGGCUGGUUGCUGCCAUCAUUGGCUUCCUGCCGGUCCUCAUCCCACGCUUCCAGAAGGUCUCUAACCACUGGAAAUGCUCCUUCUUCAACGUCUUCCACCCCUCCUACAUGCUCACCAUGUUCUGCCUGGGCUUCUUCCCCUCACUCUUCCUCUUCCUCUACCUCUACUGUGACAUGCUGAAAAUCGCCUCGGUGCACGUGCAGCACAUCCAGGAGGUGGAGCAGGCGGGGCUGGGGGGGAGCUGUCCUCCACCGCACACCACCAGUGACAUGAAGGCCAUGCGCACGGUGGCCAUGCUCAUCGGCUGCUUCACCCUCUCCUGGCUGCCCUUCUUCAUCGCCGGCGUCGUGCAGAUGGUCUGCCCUGAGUGYUUCCCCUACAAAGUCAUCGAGAACUUCCUCUGGCUGCUGGGGCUGGGCAACUCCCUCCUAGACCCACUGCUCUACUCCUGCUGGCAGAGGGACGUGCAGCUGCAGCUCUCCCAACUGGCUGCGGGYGUGAAGAGGAGGGUCCUGCUCCACCUGGGCAGCGGCCGCUGCUUCCCUGGCAGAGGCACCAAAGCUCCUCCUGCCGUGUCCUGCCUGGAGCUGCAGGACUGACUCGGUAAGGAGCGGCUGUCUCUGGCUUUCCAGCUCCCCACCUGCAUUGUGAUCACGAACUCGAGGCGUGCCAGCUGG